GCUACUUGGAAGAGAAAAAACAUGGCUUCCAACACAGCAAACCCUGCUAACCAUUUGCCAUACUUCUUUGGCAAUAUUACACGUGAAGAAGCUGAGCAGUAUCUGAUGCAAGGAGGAGUGAGUGAUGGACUGUACUUGCUCCGCCAAAGCCGGAAUUACCUGGGGGGCUUUGCAUUAUCCUUGGCCCACGGAAGGAAGGUUCAUCAUUAUACAAUUGAGAGGGAGCUGAGUGGCUCAUAUGCUAUUGCAGGAGGCAAGUCACAUGCCAGUCCUGCUGAACUCAUUAACUAUCACUCAGAAGAAACGGAUGGCCUUAUCUGUCUACUGAGAAAACCCUUCAACCGACCACCAGGUGUUGAACCCAAAACAGGACCCUUUGAAGAUUUAAAAGAGAACCUCAUCAGAGAGUAUGUCAAACAAACUUGGAAUUUGCAGGGGCAUGCUCUUGAACAAGCUAUCAUUAGUCAAAAGCCUCAGCUGGAGAAGUUGAUCGCCACUACAGCCCAUGAGAAGAUGCCAUGGUUCCACGGCAGGAUCUCUCGGGAAGAGUCGGAACACCGUAUCCUCAUUGGGUCAAGAAACAAUGGAAAAUUUCUUAUCCGAGAAAGGGACAGCAAUGGUUCCUAUGCCCUGUGUCUGCUGAAUGAUGGAAAAGUACUGCAUUACCGAAUUGACAGAGAUAAGACAGGAAAGCUCUCCAUACCGGAUGGAAAAAGAUUUGACACCCUCUGGCAGCUAGUUGAGCAUUAUUCAUACAAGCCAGAUGGAUUAUUAAGGGUUCUUACCAUUCCCUGUCCACAACUUGGCUCAGAAAAUGAUAAUGUUGUUUUUAACAUGCGUUCUCCUCUUCCUGGAACCCCUUCUAAGAGUUGGGCAGGAGGUGGAAUUAUCUCAAGACUCAAAUCGUACACCUUUCCAAAGGCUGGCAGCAAAAAGCUUCAGCCAACUAUUGGCUACUCACCUGAUGAAGCACCUUUUAAUCCUUAUGUGCUACAAAGAAAGAGAGGUCUUACAGGAGCAGAAAAAGGUGAUCAGAGGGAGGCCUUACCCAUGGAUACGGAGGUCUAUGAAAGUCCAUAUGCUGAUCCAGAUGAAAUGAAACCAAAAAAUGUCACUCUUGACAGGAAAUUGUUAACCUUGGAGGAAGGAGAGCUUGGGUCUGGCAACUUUGGUACUGUAAAGAAAGGGUUCUAUAAGAUGAAAAAGGGUGCCAAGCCAGUGGCUGUAAAAAUUCUUAAGAAUGAGAGUAAUGAUCCAGCCAUAAAGGAUGAAUUACUGAGAGAAGCAAAUGUAAUGCAACAACUGGAUAACCCAUAUAUUGUCCGAAUGAUAGGCAUAUGUGAAGCUGAAGCCUGGAUGUUAGUGAUGGAAAUGGCUGAACUUGGGCCAUUGAACAAAUUUUUGCAAAAAAACAGACAUGUCACGGAGAAGAAUAUAACAGAGCUGGUACAUCAGGUUUCCAUGGGGAUGAAAUACCUGGAGGAGAAUAAUUUUGUUCAUAGGGAUCUGGCUGCAAGGAACGUGCUAUUAGUCACACAACAUUAUGCCAAAAUUAGUGACUUCGGACUUUCUAAAGCUCUUAGUGCUGAUGAAAAUUAUUAUAAGGCACAAAGUCAUGGAAAAUGGCCAGUCAAGUGGUAUGCUCCAGAAUGCAUGAAUUUCUACAAAUUUUCUAGCAAAAGUGAUGUCUGGAGCUUUGGGGUUUUAAUGUGGGAAGCUUUCUCUUAUGGUCAAAAACCAUAUAAGGGAAUGAAAGGUGGCGAAGUCGCACAGAUGAUUGAAAGAGGAGAACGAAUGGAACGUCCUGAAGUCUGUCCAACAGAAGUCUAUGAUCUAAUGAAAUUGUGUUGGACAUACAAUGUUGAUGACCGACCAGGAUUUGUUGCAGUCGAGCUGAGAUUACGUAACUACUAUUACGACAUUUCCCACUAACAGCAUGAAGAACAGCAGCUUCCUUGCCUCCAGGCAACACCCCCUGUGAAGCAGUUCAGUUUCUGAGACAAAGCGACUUUGAUUUUUGUACUGCCGCUUUCACCCUGCAAAGCUCAGAGCUAAGCCCUGUGUCUGUAGGGUUGCCUUUUCUUGCCUUCUGCACAAUAUCCUGCCCUGAAAUAGUGUUGAAAGUGGAGAGGCCCCAAAGCGAGCAGCAAGGAUGUCAGAGCAGAUGCUUAUAAUUUUGCUACAUUUUGUUUCAUUUUAUUUACAGCUUUAUUGGCAUUACAUUUUGUGGUUGUGGAAAACCUAUUUAAUGUCUUUCAGCCCUCUUCCUCUCUUGUAUUUGAAUUGAGAUUGGAAUUUAGAUUCUUUUUAUUAAUAUUCUUAGCCCUUAAAUGCAUUAAGACUUCUUCCAGUCUUCCCCCCACUCAAGGAAGAAUAGCAUAAACAUUUCUCACAGUGAAGUAAAUUCACUGUGAAAGUGUGUCAGUUGCUUUGACUGACAGCAUGUUUGAUUUUACCCCCAAGCCCCUUUAAAACCAAAUCGUAUUCUUUUCUGUAGUAAUGUAGGCAGAGGGGAGCUAGGAGAUGUGAAUUUUUAACAUCCUCAUCUCCUUUAAAUGUGACCAACUUCUCUCAUUCCUCAUCUCAUGUGGAAGCUCAGCUGUCCCUCAGGGAGUUACUUUUUUCCUGGUGAAACCCCGGAAUUCAGGGACUUGCUUUCAUCUUGGAAUGAAAUGUAUCAGCAACUAAGACAAUGAUUCUGGGUUUUAACAUAAACUCCAUCACUGCAUUCCUGAAAAGACGGCUGUACAGUGAAAGGUGAUGGAGCAGCACCUUUCUUUCUCUGUACUGUUCCAGCCUUCUCCAGAGACACCUUUCCCACAUAUCCCUUUAGGUAUACCAAAGCUCCUUGUGUUGUGUUUUGAGCAGCAAUCAUUUCUGUCUUUUUCCAAACCUUUCUUGAAAAGCAUUUGUGAGAAUUCACCACACCUUAUUGCCUCUAAAGCCAAAUUUCACCCCUAGCUCAAAUAUUUUAAAACAGGCAUAUGGACAUCAAGUUUACUUUCAUCUGCUCCUAAAUGUUAGUAUUUGUCCUGUUAUUAAUCCCUGUGAGCAUCUCAGGAAAAGGUAUUAAUCUUAGCACUUUUUUGUAAUGCAGUGUGCAUCUCC